AUGGCGGCCCUCUUUUGGAGCUUGUUGUUGUAUCUACCAAUCUCAGUUUCCUGCACAGCAGAAGCUGUCGCCUCUGCCUCUUCGGUCCAACUUGUCUACCAGUACCAAGAUGCAGUAUGGGUCGAAAACUUGGCCGUGCGUCCGAACGGCUGGAUUCUACCUGCUACCGCCACGUCCGCUAUCCUAACGCAAUUAAAUCCUGCGAACGGCCAACAACAAGUAAUUCAUGACUGGAGCGCGGUAGGAAGCUCCAUCAUGAGCAUUACCGAUGUUCAGCCCGACCUGUUCCUGGCCAAUACAAUGUACUGCGACUUGUUAAUUUUAGAAUGUACACCUGGCACCGGGAUCACAUGGCUGGUUGACCUGCGAAACCCUGGCCCACCAUGCAUUACAGAGCUUGCUAGAGGCCCUAGCAACGCGAGUCUCUUGAACGGCGUUGCAGCACUGAACGACGCUAUUGUGCUUAUGGUAGAUCAAAACCUUGGCGGCAUUUGGGGAGUUGAUGUUGUCCUCGGUGGUGCUAAACUACUCUUCACCGACCCAAAAAUGAUGGAUCCCAACUCGACGGGCAACGGCGUCAACGGGAUUCGUGUGGUGGGCAACACCUUGUACUACAACAACCCUAGCAUUGGGACGUUUGGUCGCGUGACGCUCGACCCGAUCACUGGAGCCAAACUCGGACCAGUGACAGUGAUAAGCACUGGGCUUGAGUGUGACGACUUUGAGAUAGACAACCAACAACGGUAUGCCUAUAUUACCAAUCAGCCUGAUGAGCUCCUCAGGAUUGAUUUGGAGACUGGCCUCUACACCGUUUUUGCAACCGGUCUGCCGGGACCGACAUCAGCCAGGUGGAUCAGCCAACAAGAACGCGGAAAAGUUCUGUAUGUGAGCACAACCGGUGGUCUCGAGCAGUGGCUAGAGGGAAAUGUGACCCUCGGGGGGGCUUUCUAUGAGGUGACUGUGUAG